GUGAGAAGAAUUGAGGGAAUGGAGAGGUGGAACCAUUUGUCAUUCUCCUAUAUGACUGUUGAAAGGCAAUUGUUGGGACGUGUCCUGGGUUUGUUACAUCCACCAGGCUCCAAUGUCGGCUGUCUGUAUUUCUGCCCUGCAGUCUGUCCUUAAGAUGAAGCUCUAACUGAAUGGGAGGAGGGAGAAACAGCCCUGAAUCCUUUGAGAUCUGUCUGCCUUUUGGGCCCUGCACAACUACAAGCCUGGUGGAAAAGGGGAAACUGCUCCUGCUCACAGCAAAUUGGUCCUGCUUGACUUGCAGCCUCUGCAGAACUUGUGAGCCUGAGUUGAAGUGCCUUGCCCUGACGUGCACACAUCCUGCUACAGCAAGCCAGCUCCACGCCUGGAUCAGAGAAUCAACUGCACCAUGAGCCGAGUUCGGGAUGCUGGCUGUGUAGCUGCUGGGAUAGUGAUCGGGGCAAGUGCCUGGUACUGUGUCUACAAAUACACCAGGAGAAGAAACCAGACAAAGAAGAGACUGGCCAAGCCCAAGACCAGGGCUCUGGCCGGGACUGGAGCCAGGGCUAGAUCUGGACUAAGGGCUGGAUUCACAAUUGACCUUGGGCCAGGAUUCCGUCCCCCAACCCCAGUCUGCACUGGGGCAAAGAACAAGGCCCAGGAUGAAGCCUCUUCUCUGGAUGCAGCUGCAGCUGCGGUAGUGGCCCCAGCUGCAUCCAGUUCUGAGGUUCAGAAUGGGGCUGGAAGUCAGGCCCUGGAAGCAGAAGGGGCCAGGGUUGGGCCUCAGACUGAAUCAGUAGCUGGGGCAGAAGUGGCUUCUACAAUGGCACCACCUCACAGGGAGGCAGAGGCCCCCACAAUGGCAGAGGCUCCCAAAAUGACAGAUGCCCCUGGCACAGCAGAACCUCCUAGGGUGCCAGCAGUGCCUCCUGGGACGCCAGCACCUACUGAGGCAGCAGCACCUACCGAAGCAGCAGAGGCUCCUGUACUGACAGUACUUUCUGAGGCUGCAGAGGCUCCGGGGGCCUUGGGGUCCCCCAAAACAGUGGCAGCCACCAAGAAAGCAACUCCUGGGGCUCAUACUGGGGCUAUACCUAAGGCUGGGUCAGCAACUGGAGCUGUACCCAAAGGUGGAGCCAAGGGUGGAACCAGGUCCCGGACUGGAGGCAAGGGCAAGGGCAAGAAAAACAGCAAGGUUGAAGUAGACCAACUGGGGCUGGGAUUCCGCCCUGGGGAUGGGGCUGCAGCAGCUGCUGCAGCCUCUGCUAAUGGAGGACAGGCUUUCUUGGCAGAGGUUCCUGAUUCUGAGGAAGGGGAAUCUGGGUGGACUGACACAGAGUCGGAGUCAGACUCUGAGCCUGAGACCCAGCAGAGAGGGAGAGGGAGGAGACCCAUUCCCAUGCAGAAGCGCCCCUUUCCUUAUGAUAUUGAUGAGAUUUUGGGUGUCCGUGAUCUCAGGAAGGUACUUGCUUUGCUUCAGAAAUCGGAUGAUCCUUUCAUCCAACAGGUAGCUUUGCUCACUCUGAGCAACAAUGCCAAUUAUUCAUGCAACCAAGACACAAUUCGCAAAUUGGGAGGUCUCCCAAUUAUUGCAAACAUGAUCAACAAAACCGAUCCCCACAUUAAGGAAAAAGCCUUAAUGGCCAUGAAUAACCUGAGUGAGAAUUAUGAAAAUCAGGGGUGGCUUCAGGUAUACAUGAAUAAAGUGAUGGAUGAUAUCAUGGCCUCAAACCUGAACUCAGCAGUACAGGUAGUUGGACUAAAAUUUUUAACAAACAUGACUAUUACUAAUGACUACCAGCACCUGCUUGUCAAUUCUAUUGCAAACUUUUUUCGUUUGUUAUCUCAGGGAGGUGGAAAAAUCAAGGUUGAGAUUUUGAAAAUACUUUCGAACUUUGCUGAAAAUCCAGAUAUGUUAAAAAAGCUGCUCAGUACCCAAGUGCCGUCAUCAUUUAGUUCCCUCUAUAAUUCUUAUGUGGAAUCAGAAAUUCUUAUUAAUGCUCUUACUCUAUUUGAGAUCAUCUAUGACAAUCUCAGAGCAGAAGUAUUCAACUACAGAGAAUUCAAUAAAGGUUCCCUUUUUUACUUAUGCACUACAUCUGGAGUGUGUGUUAAGAAAAUUCGAGCCUUAGCAGAUCACCAUGACCUCUUGGUGAAAGUGAAAGUUAUAAAACUAGUUGACAAAUUCUGACUGGCUAUGUGCUCUCAAAAGACUUGAAGAGAUUUCUUGGUUGUGCAGUCUGGAAGCAAUGAAAAUUGAAAGUUACUACUUCUCUACUUGCUCAUAUAGUAAAGUGAUCCUUUCAGCUGCCAGUUUUGAAUAAUGUAUCAUCCAGAGUGAUAUUAUCUGUGACAGUCUCCAGCUUUAAGCUGAACCAUUUGAUGAAUACCAAAUAAAUAGUCCUCUUGUACUGAAAACACAUUUGUGACUUUAAUCGUGCUGCUUGAAUGGAAAUAUUUUUAUUGGCUCCUCUAUGUGAAUUGAUAGUGAACUUGUCCAUCAUUAAUAGCCUACAUUUCUGUCAUUUGUUUUGACUUAAAUCUAUCCACCAAAGACUUCAUUUGUGUAUCAUCAAUAAAGUUGUAUGUUUUGACUAACAAAAAAA